GGAGCAGUGUAGCGAACAGCCGUGAGCUCACAUUUCCCACUGAAAAUUCAAUUCCUACGCUGCAGUCACAGCGCACGGCCACGACGCAAUCCCAUCGGGCCCUUUGCGUCACGGAGUGACGUGACCUCACUCAUUCUCUUACGGGACCCCAGAUGCAGUAGAAGUGAUUCCUGCGGGUGUGCAGGUCAGAGACCUACCUUGUGUGCUACAGAGUACCAGUCUUCGGCUAUACACUUGCUGCUGCCCACAGGAGACGAGUCGGCGAGACUUAGAGCUGAAUCACCGCGAGCCAGCAGGCACGUGGCUGGCCCCAUGUGAGCGACAGUUACCUCGUACAUGCCACUAGCUGCAUCGUACUGGACACAGGGGUCGCCGACAGCAGUGGUUCGUGCAUAUCGAUCGAUCGACUGUGAGCUGUCUUCGAGUAAGUCAUCGGACAUUCGCUGUCAUUGCAACAUAACGAUGCGACACGUAUGGUGCCCGUUCUUCGACGCCAUUUAAGGCCAGCGACAGGUCCAAGCAAUCAAGAUAUGUUGGAAUGGCUGCGGAUAACCUUCGGGGACGCAGUGCUCAGAUGUCUACUGACUGGAAGCGCUGCGAAAUACUAGUAACGUAGUCCGACAACACAAAGGUGAUAUCCACACAAAGGCAAGGACGAUAUGUCCUCGCUGGAAGUAAAGCAUCGUUGAUGCCCCUGAAGGAUGUCACCCGCCCAGAUCAGCAGCAAACAGGUGUCGCAUAGCUACAGUGGUCAUCUCCAGAUAAGGGGCGUCGAUGGCGCUGCUGUACCGGUUCACGCGCCUCAACGACCGAUCCAACACGGGCGUCUUCACGUUCAUUGUGACGCGAUCCGUGACGCGCGACUUGCACCGAGACGCAACGACCAAGGACUUUCCCUUCGGAUAUCAUCGCUGGGCCCUCAGCUUCGUACGCAACGAAAAAGUCCUUGGAGUAUUCCUCGUCAUUAGGAAUCCUGCACCAGGAUCUCGCUGCUACCUUGACUUCACCUUUACACUUCUCAACAGGGAGCAUUUCUCCAAGAACGAAGUACUCUCGGAGAAACAGGUUCGGUUCACAGCGGAACAAGCUGCACAUGGCUCAGCUAAGUGGAUCUUGAUGACCGAUUUGCAGUCUAGAAGGUUCUCGGAUGAAACCGGCGAAUUCCUUCUUGAACUCUCUCUAGCAAAUGCUAGCACGGUUUUCGAAGCAGACAUUCGUGUGCCAGCUCACGUUUCAAAUCACCACCACGGCCCUCACCAUAGACAUCAUCACCAUUACCACAAGGACUAUAGCGCGGGAGCCGCAUCUGCGACGAGAUUGGAAUCGUCCUUCUUCUGCUUCGGAGGCUUCGAAUGGAACGUUUCGCUUCUUCCAAAUGGAUCGCCAGAAGACGGAGACAACGGAAGACCUAGAGUGUUACUGAACAGGCUCACAGGUUUUGACCACCCAUGCCGAGUGCAGUAUCGUGUUGUUCUGGGAGAAGGUGAUCGCAAGGCUGAGUCUGGACUACUGGACCAAAUCUCGGACCUCUCCGGGCGCAUACGAGGAUAUCCCCUCCGAGGCACCGCUGCCGACCUUGUGCGCCGGGCAGGACUCAUACGCCUCCACCUACACAUGAUAUCUGCCAAUGCAAUCUCCGAAGCCAAGGUGCCAGCAGUGAACCGCGAGCAGACUUUAGCCGGUAGAGACCCUGCAGAAACGGCCGUUGCCAACUGUUAUGACCGCGACAAGCAGGCCUGGUGUGUGGAGGCAGACCUAGAUAGCGACGUGGUGCGCCUCAAGCUUUUCUACGCCGACCUCCAUCAUGUGCCCAGGGGACACCUGCGUUACGUGGCCUGGAACGCCUACCUUAUAAGGCGCGACCCUGACUCCGGAGCCCGAGAGAGCGUGCUUGCUGUGCACGCUCCACACUCCUGCUAUUACGUGCAAGACGGAAUGGAUGUGGGAGUUGUGAUGGACACGGACGUUUCAGUCAGAGAGAUCCGCGAGUCCGCAAGCAUGUACCUUGACAGCAGUGGUCAUCUUACCGUACACGUGGAGUGGUUAGACUCUCAGCUCCUCUUUGGUGCUACAUACCACAAAUAUGACGACAUCGCCCGGCUACAGUGUCAUCAGAUGAAGCGAGAAAUCUCGGCUUUGCAAGCGGAGAACUACAACUUGGAGCGACAGGUAUUCAGCUACCAGAAGUCCAUAUCCUACGCAAGCGCACGAGGGCAGCCUUCUGACGACUUGCCCGAAGACUACUACGCCAACCACGUUCGACGACUGUCGGAAGCCCAGAGCCUCUCCGAGUCUGAGUAUGCCUGACGAGCUAGAGCAACGACGCCGUCUUGGCUACCUGCAACUCAUUGUCAUUUCUGGCAAUGUCUCGAGCUCUGUAAGGUUGCAUGAACCGCCUGAGGAAGGGACUCUGUAAGGCAUCACGUGAGAUGCCACUGUAGAUCUCGCUGUCGGGGAAAGGCGCUUCUUAUUUUUAUUCUCCGCAGAGUUAUUUCAUUCUGAAGAGAUUGCUGCUAUUGCUAGGCACAGUGAGGCCACGCAGUUAGCACGAACGUGUACAACAGUCGUUUCCAAACUUUGUAGCGCCGCACCUUGUCUCGUACUCCAGUGCAUACGUUGAAAAGAGCACUGGUAAGCGUAAAAUGAAGCAAAAGCCUCAAGUCGGGGCAUAUAUUGACAAUAUCGGCAGCUCACGACUUGAAGGCUUUUGCUUCAGUCUACCUUCGCCGAAACGCUGGAUUUUCCAUUUUCCACUGGUAAGCGUAAGGUUGCUAAGGGGCCACUAAAGUGAGAACAUUUCUCCUCGCGGAACCGUUACCGUUACGACACCGUUACCAUGACAGCGAUACAAAAGG